CGGUAUCACAAUUCCUUUUGCGGUCCAUAUUAGAUGAAUUGUUAAACCGCGCUGAUCAGUUUGUAUUUUGUGAUUGGUAUAUUCCUCGUUCUGUGGGAGACAGACCCGUUCAGACACUGAGGGAGAGCAGAGAGGAGAUUUGGAGUGGCUGGUAACGGCUCUCACCUGAAGAGCAGAAAGGACACAUUCACUGAGGAGACGGUCAGAGCGAGUGACUAGAGCACUAGAGCCGUGCUGCACAUCACACUGACAAUACCUGAAGACUGCCUUAUCCUGGUGAAAGCCAAGGAACAAAGAUGGAGUUGGUACCUAUCUGCAUUAAACAGGAGAUGCCUGAACUGCAGCCUGUCCACAUGAAAGAAGAGACUGAACUGGAGCCUGUCCACAUGAAAGAAGAGACUGAACUGGAGCCUGUCCACAUGAAAGAAGAGACUGAACUGGAGUCUGUCCACAUUAAAGAAGAGACUGAACUGGGGCCUGUCCACAUUAAAGAAGAGACUGAACUGGAGCCUGUCCACAUGAAAGAAGAGACUGAACUGGAGCCUGUCCACAUGAAAGAAGAGACUGAACUGGAGUCUGUCCACAUUAAAGAAGAGACUGAACUGGGGCCUGUCCACAUUAAAGAAGAGACUGAACUGGAGCCUGUCCACAUUAAAGAAGAGACUGAACUGGAGCCUGUCCACAUGAAAGAAGAAGAGACUGAACUGGAGCCUGUCCACAUUAAAGAGGAAGAGACUGAACUGGAGCCUGUCCACAUUAAAGAGGAAGAGACUGAACUGGAGCCUGUCCACAUUAAAGAAGAGACUGAACUGGAGCCUGUGCACAUGAAAGAGGAGACUGAACUGGAGCCUGUCCACAUUAAAGAAGAAGAGACUGAACUGGAGCCUGUCCACAUUAAAGAGGAAGAGGCUGAACUGGAGCCUGUCCACAUUAAAGAAGAGACUGAACUGGAGCCUGUGCACAUGAAAGAGGAGACUGAACUGGAGCCUGUCCACAUUAAAGAAGAGGCUGAACUGGAGCCUGUCCACAUUAAAGAAGAGACUGAACUGGAGCCUGUCCACAUUAAAGAAGAGACUGAACUGGAGCCUGUCCACAUUAAAGAAGAGACUGGACUGGAGCCUGUCCACAUUGAAGGGGAAUCUGUUGACUUGUUUAAGGAUACAGAAAAUAUAUCCUGGCCAAAGAUAUUACAUCAGUGUAAUAAAUGUGGGCAGAGCUUCAGCAAGCCAGGAAGCCUAAAAACACACCAGCAGAGUCACACUGGAGAGAAGCCGCACCACUGUACUGAAUGUGGAAAGAGCUUCCGUGAGUUAGUAGUCCUAAAAAGACACCAGCGACUUCACACUGGAGAGAAGCCGUAUCAAUGUACUGUAUGUGGGAAGUGCUUCAAUGCGUCAGGAAGCCUAAAAAGACACCAGCGACUUCACACUGGAGAGAAGCCAUAUCAAUGUACUGAAUGUGGGAAAAGCUUCACUGAGAAAGGAAAACUAAACAAACACCAGCGAAUUCACACUGGAGAGAAGCCGUAUCAAUGUACUGAAUGUGGGAAGAGCUUUAGUGCGUCAGGAAACCUAAAAAAACACCAGCGAAUUCACACUGGAGAGAAGCCGUAUCAAUGUACUGAAUGUGGAAAGCGCUUCACUGACAAAGGAACUCGAAACAAACACCAGCUAAUUCACACUGGAGAGAAGCUGUAUCAGUGUAUUGAAUGUGGGAAGAGUUUCACGGAGUCAGGAAGCCUAAAAAGACACCAUCGAUUUCACACUAGAGAGAAGCCGUAUCAAUGUACUGAAUGUGGAAAGCGCUUCACUGAGAAAGGAACACUAAACAAACACCAGCGAAUUCACACUGGAGAGAAGCCAUAUCAAUGUACUGAAUGUGGGAAGUGCUUCAAUGCGUCAGGAAACCUAAAAACACACCAGCGACUUCACACUAGAGAGAAGCCGUAUCAAUGUACUGAAUGUGGAAAGCGCUUCAUUGACAAAGGAACACUAAACAAACACCAGCGAAUUCACACUGGAGAGAAGCCGUAUCAAUGUACUGAAUGUGGGAAGUGCUUCAAUGCGUCAGGAAACCUAAAAACACACCAGCGACUUCACACUAGAGAGAAGCCAUAUCAAUGUAUUGAAUGUGGAGAGAGCUUCACCAACAAAGGAAAACUAGAAAAACAUCACAGAAUUCACACCGGAGAGAAGCCACACCACUGUACUGACUGUGGGAAGAGCUUCAGUGUGUCAGGAAAACUAAAAAUACACCAGCGCAUUCACACUGGAGAGAAGCCAUAUCAAUGUAUUGAAUGUGGAAAGAGCUUCACUGACAAAGAAAAAUUAAAAAAACACCAGCGAAUUCACACUGGAGAGAAGCCGUAUCACUGUGUUGAAUGUGGAGAGAGCUUCAGUGAGUCAGGAAACCUAAAUAAACACCAGCGCAGUCACACUGGAGAGAAGCCGUAUCACUGUGUUGAAUGUGGGGAGAGCUUUAGGCAGUCAGGAACACUAAAAGAACACCAGCGCAUUCACACUGGAGAGAAGCCGUAUCAUUGUGUUGAAUGUGGGGAGAGCUUUAGGCAGUCAGGAACACUAAAAACACACCAGCGCAGUCACACUGGAGAGAAGCCGUAUCAUUGUGUUGAAUGUGGGGAGAGCUUUAGGCAGUCAGGAACACUAAAAACACACCAGCGCAGUCACACUGGAGAGAAGCCGUAUCAUUGUGUUGAAUGUGGGGAGAGCUUUAGGCAGUCAGGAACACUAAAAACACACCAGCGCAGUCACACUGGAGAGAAGCCGUAUCAUUGUGUUGAAUGUGGGGAGAGCUUUAGGCAGUCAGGAACACUAAAAACACACCAGCGCAGUCACACUGGAGAGAAGCCGUAUCAUUGUGUUGAAUGUGGGGAGAGCUUUAGGCAGUCAGGAACACUAAAAACACACCAGCGCAGUCACACUGGAGAGAAGCCGUAUCAUUGUGUUGAAUGUGGGGAGAGCUUUAGGCAGUCAGGAACACUAAAAACACACCAGCGCAGUCACACUGGAGAGAAGCCGUAUCACUGUGUUGAAUGUGGGGAGAGCUUUAGGCAGUCAGGAACACUAAAAACACACCAGCGAAUUCACACUGGAUCCAGCCUCCCUCCUCUCCCAGUCCCUCACCUCUCCACCCUGCUUGCUUGAGUGUGUGGAGAGCUGUCUGAUUCCUUGUCUCUCUCUCUCACCCUGCAGUAAAUGAAGGGGGUCCCCAGGAGUGAGCCAGCCUGAAUCCAGAGACACUGAGAAGGGGAGCAUGUCAAACUGAAGGAGACAGACCCAUUCUUUCAGAAUGAACUGCAUUGGAAAUUAAUCUCACUUAUCAUGCUGUGAGGAUUUAUGCCAAGCUUGUUUCUGUGAACACAUUAAACAACGUUGCCGAUAACACAUCAUAUUUUUAAAAUACCAUUACUGUACCAGUGUCGGUGAGAAAAGAAGUAAAUUAUUUAAAAGAAUCUAAAACUAAAACUCUCUUCAUGGGUGUGGCAGCAGUGUGCCCUUCAUAUUACUAGAAUGGCCUGUAAGCUAUUGCACCAGUGCAAGCACAAGCUGAAACAACCUUUUUUUCUUUUUUUUUUAUUUCACGUGGUGCAAACUUUGCACUGGAGCAAGUGCUGUUUUGGGUUUGAAUGAACUUGACUGCUUUGAGUGUUUAAAGGGCACAUACAGACCUUUUAUUUUAUUGUGUUACAUGUUCCCAUGUGUUUACGUAAGGUGUUUAUUGUUUUCAUUUUUUUAUACAUUUUGACCACUUUUUUAAACUUUUAAAUUGCAUUCCCUGCCUCAAGAUGGCUUCCCAUGUACCUACAUGGACCUCUCAGAACUACAUUUCCCAUCAUCCUCCUCCUGCUCACAUAUGUAACUGAGAUGAAUUUACCAGUGAGCAGGAGGAUGAUGGGAAAUGUAGUUCUGAGAGGUCCUUGAGGCAGUGAAUGCAAUUUAAAAGUUUAAAAAAGUGGACAAAAUAUAAAAAUAAAACAACAAAUUAAACAAUAUGCACACCUUCUGUAAGCAGUUGUAGACACAUGGGAACAUGCGACACAAUCAAAUAAAAAGGUCCUUAUGCACCCUUUAAGUACUGAGAACCUCCAAGCUUGUUGUAUACUGGAGCCCUGCUUCAAUGCAGUGGGAUUGAAAUACAAUUCCUAUCAUUUUUAUUGUGUAAAUUGCUGUGUGUGCAAUUAUGACAGACCCACAAUAUCAGAGCUGUAUAAAUAUACUGUAAAGCAUGAAAGGUUUGCAAGUAAAAGAGUCAUAAAAGUUGCAUUUACUCAAAUCUGCAAUACAUACAUGCUACAACAUUACCAUCAUUACUACAUUCAUAGUUAUACAGUUUAUGAAUAAUUGAUAUAAACAAUCUGCAGAGUGAAGUUGCCUCAGACUGUUUGACAGAAAGAUAGCUGGUGCUUUUGUGGAAUCACCAUUAGCUGUUUAUUCCUUUUGGGCAAAAUAUGGCUUGUUUGCUUGUAUUUUGUAUCAGUAUGAUAUCAUUAGAGUGACAAUGCAGUACAUCCAAAGGCAGGCUUAGUUAUUUAUAAAGGAUUUCAUUGACGUUGAGUUUGAGUUCCUGUAUGUUUUCCAGUAUCUGUGUGUAUAAAGGGCACAUUAUUAUGUUUCCAUUACCUCUGUAUGUAAAAGGUUUGUCAUUGUUUAAACUGUUAAUGAUUCCUGAGAUACAGAUCUGCAGUGGAACUGAACAAACCCAAGAGAGACAUUGAAAAAGGGGAAGAUGCUGCUGUUUGUGGUGAAUAUUCCCUGAAGAUGAUAUUAAUACAUGAAAGUGUAUUAUAAAUGUAACUGGACAGAUUAAUGAAAUAUGUGUCUUGAAGAAAAAGGGCUCCUUUCCUGCAGACACACUGAACUGUGUGACCCCUGAACUAGGUGAGCAGGGCUGGGUGGCAUCUGGACUGGAUUAGGCUGAAAGGACAGUUGAAUUCUGUACAGAUAAUUCACAGCGGCAACAAGAAGCGGUUUGACGCGAGGAAGACAUAAUUGUAACACUAUCACGUACAAUUGAAAUGUUAAUUGUUUAGUUUGCACACCUUGUGUGUGAAAUAACUUUUUAGUGAAACUUGAUUAAGUAACAAUAAGUAAUCUAUCUCAUAGUUGUAUGAAGAAUUUAUUUUAAAGUAAUCUUGCUAUAUCGUUAAACAAUUUACUAUUAGUAAGCUUUAGUGUGAUCUGUUGUAAGAUUGUCUGAAACAUUUCAGUUUAGGCUGUGUGUGUGUGUGUGAGUGUAAGCAGUGUCAUAUUUCACUGGUCCUGCUAGAUGCUUUAACGCAGGCUGAGAGCUUUGACUUUAUGACUGUUAUGCUUAGAAAACCAAGAGAUUGACUUAAUGACUUUUGUGAUUUCUGUUUAAUAUUUGUGCUCUGAAUACAAUACUACUAUUGAUGAAA